CGGAUUUCGAGUGACAGUCAAAACGAAGCAAUGCUAACACCUGUGUUCGUGAUUAAGCAAGACGAUCAGUUCCUGUUCAUUGAUAUACGAGCACCUUAUGCGAAUGUGAAAGAUACUGAGAUUGAAUAUGAUGGUAAUGUGUUCAUGUUCUCGUCAAAGCCCUAUUUCCUCAGACUUCAUUUGAGCGGUGCGAUUGUGCAGACGGAUGAUGGAUCAGCUGACUACGAUGUGGACAGAGGUUGCUUCAUGGUGAAGGUACCAAAGAAAACAAAAGGCGAGCAUUUCGAGAAUUUAGAUAUGAUCACUGAACUGCUGAGACCGCAGAAGAAGUUAACUGCUGAAAAGCCCGUUGAGGAAAUUGCAAACGAUGGAGGAGACGAAUAUUACGUCGACCAAAGCGAAGGUCGUGCAGAAGAAGAACCAUUGGAUGAGAUAUGCCAAAUGUAUGGAUAUGGAUUCGCAUGGAGUCGUCAUGGUGUUUUGGGACGAUUAGCAGUUGACAUUGACAAUUUGAUUGAUUUAGAGGAUUGUGAAGAGUCGAAAAUUGACGAGCGAUAUGCAGCGUGUUGUGCACAUGACCAAAUUUCAUUUCAACCCGACCACUAUAUGUAUGCCGAUACAAUGGAAGAAAAUGAGCAAUUGGAGGCGUGUAUGCAAUUCGAAUUCCCUGAAAACUGUUUCGAUGUGACGUUCCAAGAUCGCGAACAUUUGAAAGAGUUACCCAAACGACAACUGCCUAAACUCAGCGAGGAACGCAACAAACAAUUGGCGUUAUCAUUGUUGGACAUUCUCUUUGCCUAUCUCUACGAUUUGAGGACUAAUGAUGGCGAACAUAACUGUGAAUCAGGGUGGACAAUAGCAAAGCUGAGUGCGUCGUUGUCGUAUUUGGUUCGAUGGCCAACGGCCAGACAAGCGUUAAUCGCGAGUGUACGGCGGUCCUUAUGCUAUCCACUCUAUCGACACUGGGAUCUUGGAAUGCAAAUAUUGUGUGAUCUGAAAUCACUUCUUCGAAAAGGUGCGUUUUCCUUCGAGUUGCUAUUGAUUCUGAACCGUUUCGAUCCAGUUUGCGAAUUUCACUCUUUUCAAGAUACAUAUAUUAAUUACCUGUUGUUAUCAGAUCGUUCCGCGAUUCUGCACUGUUUGAUCGAUAUUCGAACGGUUUUCUCGACAAGUGGCGAUUUCCGAUACCUAUUCAAUGAUCUAUUUAUGACUGAUUAUUGCAUUUGGAUUCAAGCAGUUGACGACGAAUUAAUCAAAUGGCUCGAAAUGGAAAUUCGUGAAAUUGACUUGAAAAAGGCGGAUGUUGAAUUGGAACUUGAAGAAAUCGAACUUGAAGCAAAUGUGAUGGCGUUGAGUAUCAGUGAAGAUCAGCAAAAGCAGUUGGAUUCUGAUGACGAAGAUGACUGA